AUGCCCAACCUCCUCCAAGUCACCUUCAUCGCGUCCUUCGCUGGCACGUCCGUCGUCCUCUUCGGCCUCUCUCGGUUCAUCUCCGCCCAGCUUCACGCCCGCGGCAUAUACCUCGCCGACCUCAUCCUCAUUGGCCUCGACAAUCCCGACCGCGACCUACCCCACAACGACUUCAGCAGGAUGGACAGCUCCUACACGCAGCUCAUCGCGCUUGCCCUCGCGCUUGCCACCGGCGCAUUCAUCUUCAUGAAGUUCAGCUCCGGCAAGCGCAAGCCGGUGCUGGACGCUCAGGUGUGGAAGGAGUUCCCCCUCAAGGAAAAGAUUGUCAUCUCUCCCAACACCGCGAUCUACCGCUUCGCGCUUCCCCACCCGCAGGAUGUUCUCGGCCUGCCCAUUGGCCAGCACGUAUCUGUCUCGGCCGAGAUAAAUGGCAAGGACAUCAUGCGCAGCUACACGCCCACUAGCAGCGACGACAACCUUGGCCAUUUCGACCUUCUUAUCAAGUCGUACGAGAAGGGCAACAUCUCCCGUUACAUCUCGCUCCUCAAAAUCGGCGACAAGGUGCGCAUCAAGGGUCCCAAGGGACAGUUCAAGUACCACCCCUCGCUCUCUCGCGAGCUCGGUAUGAUUGCAGGCGGCACGGGCAUCACGCCCAUGCUCCAGAUCGUGCGCGCCGCGCUCAAGAACCCGCUCGACCGCACCAAGCUCUCGCUCAUCUACGCGAACGUGAACGAGGAGGACAUCCUGCUCAAGAAGGAGCUUGAUGAGCUCGCCGCCCAGCACUCGAACCGCUUCCGGGUCUACUACGUGCUCAACAACCCGCCUACGGCGUGGCAAGGCGGUGUGGGCUUUGUGACAAAGGACAUGAUCGAGAAACACAUGCCGCCCACGGACCACAACAUCAAGGUCCUUCUCUGCGGCCCUCCGCCCAUGAUUACUGCCAUGAAGAAAUACCUUGACGAGCUCAAGUACCCUGCGCCCCGGACUGUCAGCAAGCUGGAGGAUCAGGUCUUCUGCUUCUAA